AAAAAAACCCAGAAGGGUAAUUUCUCCCCUCCCCUUUCCCUUUAGAUUUUUGUUCUCUGCAACCCUCCAUCACCGGGGUGAACGAAAUCCUCCAUUCCAAACGAGCCGCCGCCUGUCGAAGCUUUCUGUUGCAGCAGCUGUUGUCGCGUUUCUUCCUAGCAGGCGCCGCCUCGUCUUUGUUCCAAGCAGCCACCUCAGCUCUGCGUCUUGUUUCACAGGCAAUCGAAUAUUCAUCAUAGCUGAAACGCUGCCAGUUCAGAAUCGCCUCUGUCAUUAGGAGUUUGCUUUUGUCUCCGGAAAAGUUGUUAAGGAUUUGUAAAUCAUGGGGAAAGCUUCCAGGGAUAAGCGGGAUAUCUACUAUAGAAAGGCCAAAGAAGAGGGCUGGCGAGCUCGAAGUGCCUUCAAGCUCCUUCAGAUUGACGAGGAAUUCAACAUUUUCGAAGGGGUGAAGCGUGUGGUGGAUUUAUGCGCAGCUCCUGGUAGCUGGAGUCAGGUUUUGAGUCGUAAACUUUAUCUUCCAGCAAAGCUUUCACAGGAUUCAAACAGCGAUGAGGAUCCUCCUCUUAUUGUGGCCAUUGACCUUCAACCCAUGGCUCCAAUUGAAGGUGUUAUUCAGGUGCAGGGUGAUAUUACUAAUGCUCGGACAGCUGAAGUUGUCAUUUGGCAUUUUGAUGGCUGCAAGGCUGACCUCGUGGUUUGUGAUGGUGCCCCUGAUGUUACUGGUCUUCAUGACAUGGAUGAGUUUGUUCAGUCCCAGCUCAUACUAGCGGGGUUGACCAUUGUUACGCACAUUCUUAGAGAAGGUGGUAAAUUCAUUGCUAAAAUUUUCCGUGGCAAGGAUACAAGUCUUCUCUACUGCCAGCUUAAGUUAUUUUUCCCACUUGUCACUUUUGCUAAACCAAAGAGCAGCCGUAAUUCUAGCAUAGAGGCAUUUGCAGUUUGUGAGAAUUAUUCCCCUCCAGAGGGUUUCAAUCCAAGAGACUUGCACCGCCUCCUCGAAAAGGUCGGGAGCCCCUCCGGUGCAGAUGAUCUUGAUUGCAGUAGCGGGUGGCUAGAAGGGCCGAACAAGGUCUACAUCCCGUUCCUAGCGUGUGGAGACCUUAGCGGCUACGACUCGGACCGAUCUUAUCCUCUUCCCAGAAACUCAGAAGGGGUUUACCAGAGCUUGAAUCCAGUUCAGCCUCCUAUUGCCCCUCCUUAUAAGAGAGCCCUCGAGAUGAAGAAAGCCUCCGCUCAGGGCGCUCAAAUAGACUUUGAGAAGCUUGCUUUGGAUUCUUCCAACAAAAGUUCUGUGAACUAACACCCAUUGUUAUAUUUACUAGACCGAAUUCAAAACCGUUUGUCGGAGUAGGAUAGUCAAAAUGUCGAGGCGACUCUUUUAAAGGCCAAUUCUUUUUAUUAUUUCCUCAGUCAAACAGGGUCCAAUUUCAUGUAAAAGCUAUUGGUCAGAAUCUUGUGUUCGGUGGGUAGCCUGGUCCGAUGACUUAAUGUUUUAAGAAAUGCUUAAUUGAUAUUGGAUAUGGAUGAGAUAAAGUCCUUGUGGAAAGUUAAAGAA